ACCAAGUCCGAAACUCGUGCAGCAUCAUGAACGCCAAGGUGAUCGUUCUUUUCGCCCUGGUGGCGCUCGCUUUCGCCGAAGAAACGAAGAAAGAUGAGACAAAGAAAGUAGAGACGAAGAAGGAUAAGCGAGGCCUUUACGGAGCCUUGGGCUAUGGAGGCUUGGGCUACGGAGGCUUGGACUACAAUCUUGGUGGUCUUGGUUAUGGUCUCGGUGGAUUGAACACGUACUCGUCCAUUCCCGCGAUCGGCCUCAACCAUGGUAUUAAUACCGUCGUGACGAAGGAAGUCACUGUACCCGUGCCCCAACCCAUCGCCGUACCCGUCGAGAAACACGUCCCGGUCCCAGUUAAGGUGCCGUACGCCGUGCCCGUCGACCGCCCGUAUCCAGUCCAAGUGCCCAAACCCUACCCAGUUGAGGUCACCAAGCAUGUUCCUGUCGCAGUAGACCGCCCCGUGCCCGUUCCCGUCAGCUAUCCAGUCAAGGUCCCAGUUCCCGCCCCGUAUGCCGUCAAGGUACCCCAGCCCUACGCCGUCCCGGUCGUCAAACACGUGCCGGUGCCCGUCGCGCAGCCGAUCGUCUACGCGAAACUGAACUCCGGUCUUGGAUACAAUGGAUACUACGGCGGAUAUAGCGGAUUAGGCGGAUACAACGGAUACAGCGGAUACAGCGGUUACAGCGGUAUCCCCUAUGGAUACUCUGGAUGGUAAAAUGGCAGUCCCGAGGGCGACGCUCUUCGACAUCAUCAGCGCGAAGCAUCACUUGGACCGCGUGGAUCUUUCAGAGCUUUCAGUGACCACCUUCUUUAAGAAAGCGCUCCCAAAGAAAGAUAUAUAUCUAUAUCUAUAUAUAUUAAUGUACGUUAAUAUAUAUUCUUCUUCGUCGAUGAUGAGUGUGGUUAAAGUGAAUACCUCUCGUUUCGGAUAUUGGGGGACAAUUUUCGCGAGUCUUUCAUGUCGAAUUCUUUUGGACAUUUGUAUGAUAGGGAGAGAAGGAGAGAGAAUGAGUGUCUGGAAAAGAAGAGCGUCCUCUAAUUUUAAAUAAAAAAAAAAACAAAAAGACAUUUCCACGACAAAAAAGGAUCGAGUGGUGCUCGCAAGCAUCAAGUGUGACUACUUAGGUCUAUGUUUCUACCUAUAACGUCAUUAUACUGAUUGUCCAUCAUUGA